GCCUCUCUCCGGCUGUGGGUCCGCCACGCCGGACCCGCUCUCCCCGCGCUGUGCUGGGUCGGACUCCAGGUCUGCGCGCCGCAGCUAAGCGCCCACUCGCCUUGCGGAAAGAGCCGCGGAGAAACCCGCGGAGGCGGCGGCGGGAGAGCUGGGAGGCAGGCGGAGUAGGUGGCAGUCGGAAGCCGAACCAGAAGACCGGGAGGCAGAAGCUCACGGCCCUGAGGCGCGCAGUCUCUUGGCCAGGGAUGGGUCCCGGCGCGGCCCAGCCCCUGACCGGCCCGCCGGGCAGAGACUGAACUGCGGGUCCCCAUCGUCCAGUGGACGACCGGACAGAGGACGGCACGGACCGAUCGCCAGUAGCCUCCCGGCGGGACCUAGGGUUCCGCGCCCCCCUUGCAGCGCCCCCCGCCGGAGCCGCGCCGGGCAAGCCAGCUAGGGAGCUGGGCUGAUUGGCGGCCGCCGGCGGCCGGGGGAGGGGGCGCCGCGCGGGGCCAUGGCAGGCUCCGAGGCGUCCUAGCCCGAGCCCGAGCCGGAUCCGAGCCCGCGCUGCCGCCACAGCCGCCUCUCCGCGCCCGGGCCACCGCCGCCGCCGCGCCCCCUGCGGGAGAUGGAACAGAGGAACCGGCUCGGCGCCCUCGGAUACCUGCCGCCGUUGUUGUUGCACGCCCUGCUGCUCUUCGUGGCCGACGCUACAUUUACCGAAGUCCCCAAAGAUGUGACAGUACGGGAGGGAGACGAUAUCGAAAUGCCCUGCGCGUUCCGGGCUAGUGGAGCCACCUCGUAUUCGCUGGAGAUUCAGUGGUGGUACCUCAAGGAGCCGCCCCGGGAGCUGCUGCACGAGCUGGCGCUCAGCGUGCCCGGCGCCCGUAGCAAGGUAACAAAUAAGGAUGCAACUAAAAUCAGCACCGUGCGCGUCCAGGGCAAUGACAUCUCGCACCGGCUGCGACUGUCGGCCGUUCGGCGGCAGGACGAGGGCGUGUACGAGUGCCGCGUGUCGGACUACAGCGACGACGACACGCAGGAACACAAGGCCCAAGCGCUGCUGCGCGUGCUCUCGCGCUUCGCGCCGCCCAACAUGCAGGCCGCGGAGGCCGUGUCCCACAUCCAGAGCAGCGGCCCACGUCGCCACGGCCCCGCCAGCGCCGCCAGCGCCACCAACGUCGGCGCCUCGGGCCGAGCCACCUCCGAGCCCGACCGCGGCGACAAAAGCCCACCUCCAGGGAGCCCUCCCGCGGCCCCGCGGUCCGGAAUCCCCGAGGCCGCCGCCGCCGCCUCCGCGGCCCACGCAGCCACCACCACUGUCGCGGCCGCUGCUGCUGCUUCUUCAGCGUCGCCGCCACCCCGCGAGGCGGUCCUUCUGCGCCAGAGGCACGGCUCAGGCACCGGUCCUAACUUCGCCACAGACCCGCUCCUGUCCCUGCUCCUGUUAGCUCUGCAUAAGUUCCUCCGCCUGCUGGUGGGGCCCUGACAGACUCACCGUCCUGUGCUCCUGAGCGCCCCACACGGCUGCCCAGCCCCUGGCUGAGGACCGCGUCGCCAGACGGACACAGACAGACUCAGAGAAGCAUGACCAAGUCCACGUGGAAAAUAAAUCAUAUUUUUGGGGAAGUUACAGAAAUGUAGAACACCUAAAAUAAUGCAUCUAGUUUCCAAAUAAGAUGGAGUUUGGACCAUGCAGUAUGCAUGGGCUCAAUGAUUUCUCUAUUUUAAUGUAUUUUUCUUUUCUAAACUUUUUCUCCAGGUCUUCAUUUUGCACGAACUGUUGAGCAGUUAUCUUUAGGAUACCCUGUAAAAAUGUUGGGUCAAAGCCUUUCUGACAAAGCAAAAUAUUUUUAGUAGAUGAUUGCGUUUAGGAAAUUUUUUAAUUUACUUUUUCCUUUGGGGGCUUUUCUUUUUUUAUUAAAGUAAAUUAUUUCUUUUGAGACAUUUUGAUUAAAAAAGAUACAUCUUAUCAUAAGUAAAAUUCACUGUCAAUAAUAUUUAUUUUUAAAUAAAGAUUGGAAACAAGGUCAGACACUUGUUUAUAAACUGUAUUGUAUAUUGCUGAAUAACAGUUGAAUAAAAAACCACUUUGAAAUAA